AUGGAAUCUCAAGUUUGGGAAGGCCGGAGGAGAUCCGAGUGGAUGUAUCAUGAGGUUGGAAGGGUUGUUGAGAAGGUGAAAACCCAAGAAAAGGGUGAGCAUGGGAACCAUAAGGUGUGGGUGGAAGGAAUGGUUGGUAAGGAGGGUGGAAAUGGUAUGUACAAUGACACUCACAGCCUGAUAGAUCUCACUAAAGAUGGAGAAGAAACGAGAGAUGGAGAAGAAAUGAGAUCAUCCAACAAUCAUAAGCACACUGAGAAUGUUCACAGCCCUUUCCUAUCAUAA